AUGUUCAAUCUCCCGCCUGAGUUCCUUUUGCUUUUCUUCACAGAUUACGGGGACAAGCAGAACAUGGAGUUGGGAGAAAAAUAUAAACUGGAUAAAGACUCUUAUCCAGUUUUCUACUUGUUCCAAGAUGGAGACCUGGAGAACCCUUUGCCUUACGACGGGCAGGUGAAAGCCAGCGCUCUCCAGCGCUGGCUGAAACUCCGCGGGAUCUACAUGGGAAUGCCAGGUUGCCUGAAAAUAUUUGACGCCUUGGCCAGCCAAUUCGUAAGUGCCGCCCAAGAGCGUCGCCAGGCCCUCUUGGAAAAGGGCCGAGAGCAUUUGUCCGAGGCCAAAGAGAGCGAGCGCAAAUUCGCCGAGCAAUACAUCAAAAUCAUGGGCAAAAUCCUUGCCCAGGGGGACCCGUUCAUCCCCGGCGAGAUCUCCCGGAUCACCAAGCUGAUCGAGGAGACCAAGAUGAGCGACGGGAAGAAAGAGGAGCUGUCCAAGCGGUUGAACAUCCUGUCUUCCUUCCAAAAGAAGUCGAGCAACGAGAAGGAAGAACUCUAACAGGGCAGGUGAAGAGGGUACACGGCUCGGGGUGAGGUCCCAACUGGCGCUCCUUGAAGCAGGCAAAAAAAAACCUCCCCUUGCUGUUUCAAAGAGGUCGCAAAGCCCUUUUAAUAGCCCCCCCCCUACCCAUCCCGCUCCUGGGGGGCAGAGAACACCCAGCUUCACUAAGGGGACAUUCAGACAUUACACCAUAAAACCUAACAAACAAGGCGUUUUUCAAGAUCGUGAGAUUUAGAACUCGACUUAACUCGGAGCCUUAGCAAGCUGGGUUGGUUCCCCUCCUCCCCCCCCACUCCUUGUUGGUUGGAAUUUGAACAUCCUAGGAAUGGGGCUAGUCCUCUAGGUGUGUCUGUGUGUGAUGGAGCACCAUUUGGUCCAGGGGAAAUGUGUUAGCCCAAGCUACACCUGUCUCUUACUGACCAGUAUUCACCGAAAUCAGUUUUAUGGGAAGGGUACUUAAUUUGAUAAUAAUAAUAAAGGUUACUGGGGAAACGAAGACACAAAGGCAUCAUUUUUCUCUCUUAUCACAACUUCCUGAAUAAAAUGAAUCUUCCUGGUUGA